AUGACGGACGACAAAGGUCCAACUACGCCGGAUACCCAGCUAGCCCCCGAGCAGGAAAAGUUUCAGGAUGGAGACAUCAUUGACUCGCGAGACCGAGACAGUGGGAAAGAUGUUGCUGCGCAGUUCCUUGCCCGGUUAGAUCCAGCGAUCGCAGCAGUGCCCAUAUCCGAACAGGAAGCUCGACGCGUGCUCUGGAAGAUCGAUCUGAUUCUCAUCCCCCUCAUCAUGGUAACAGUAGUAUUGGCUGCCAUUGAUAAAGUCAUCAUAUCCAAUGCGGCUAUCUACGGUAUGAAAACAGAUACUCAUUUGACGGGCAACCAGUACUCAUGGGUUGGCUCGAUAUUCUACUUCGGUUAUCUCACAUUCGAAUAUCCUGCGGCGCUUCUCAUUCAACGCCUUCCAGUCGCUAAGCUUUAUAUGGGAAUGGUUGCAGGAUGGGCAGUAAUGUUGCUGUGUACAGCUGCAACACAAAACUUUGCCGGUUUAGCGACAGUGCGAUUCCUAAUGGGCAUGUUGGAAGCCUCCGUGUUUCCCAUCUCGAGUAUCCUGACCGUGAUGUGGUGGAAGACAAGCGAACAGCCACUCCGAGUCGCUUUCUGGUUUAACCAACUGUCCUCCGUGUUCUCUGGUCUGGUCAGCUAUGGAAUUGGCCAAACACAUACAGUCCUUGCGCCUUGGCGAUUGCUGUUCUUGGUACUAGGAGGUUUUUCCAUUAUAUGGGCGGUCGUUUUAUACAUUUUCCUGCCCGAUUCUCCCGUGCAAUGCUGGUACUUCUCUGAUCGCGAGAAAUUUGUCUGCCUUGAGCGUGUCAAGGACAACAACACUGGUAUGGAAGACAAGACCAUCAAGUGGUAUCAAGUGCGCGAGUGUCUUAUGGAUCCCAAGACAUGGUUGCUUGCACUAUUCUCAUUGGCACAAAACAUUCCGAAUGGUGGCUUGGUCACCUUCUCCGCAAUUAUCGUGACGGGAUUGGGGUAUUCGUCGCUGGUUACUACUGUACUGGGUAUUCCAACCGGUGUUCUGGCAACGGUCUGGCAAAUAAUGCUCGGAUUUCUUGUCGCCAACGUGAAAAACUCUCGGUGUGCCAUCAUUGCUAUCGCUAACAUUGUGCCCAUGAUAUGUGCCAUUCUCAUGUGGAAAUUGCCGCGUGAGAACCAGCAUGGGCUAUUAGCUUCAUACUACGUCUUCUACACAUACUGGGCUCCCUACGUCUUGUCUACAUCACUUCCAAUGGCCAACACUAGCGGACAUUCCAAGAAACUGACUAUGAACGCUAUCUUUUUCCUGGCUUAUUGCAUCGGCAACAUUAUUGGUCCGCAAGUCUUCCGGACCGAUGACGCACCAUCUUAUUCAAGAGGGUACGAGGGUCUGCUCGCGUGUCUAGUUGUGGCGAUUGCCUCUAUCGUUGCCUAUGGAUUGCUUUGUCGUUGGGAGAACCACCGCCGCGAUCAGAAAGAGGGUCCACAGUUUGAUGCGGAGCCAUCUGAGGCAGCUGCAUUUUCAGAUCUGACAGAUCACGAGAAGCAAGGGUUCAGAUAUACGUAUUAG